UUGGAUGGCCAGCCUGCACUCGCUGCGUCACCAACUGGCGAACCUUGUGGAAUAUUUUAAGGUAGAAGAGGCGUUUCACUUGUUGGGCAGCCAGCGGGCAAUAGGCACACUGGACUUGCAGGGGAUUGAGUUGGAGCUGCACAUCAUGGCGGGAUUUGCCUACCUGCACCACUGUCGUCCGAAAGAGGCGGUGCUGCAUUUUAAUGAUCACAUUGAUCCGAGAGAUCUAUUGCUGUCACUUCUCGAGUGCAUCCCACCCGGCCCUGAGGAGUACAGUCCCGAACUGCGAGCCCUGCUGGAAAGGAAGCAUGUGAAGAAAGACACGAGUGCUACCCCAAAGGCGGGACGCUCAACUACUUUGAAGGCCGGAGUCGCAUCCAAACAUGAUGAAAGCUAUGAGAAUAGUGAUAAUGACGAUAAGGAUGGCGUUGACAACUACUGGGCUGAGUGGGAAGGACGCUGUCCCUACAACACAUAUGCUGGGGAACUUCACCAUGCUUGGCUUGAGACAUUUGAAACGUUUCCGCUUGUGCCAAGGAACAGUGACAAUGUGGAUGAAUCUACAUACCGCCAGGUUACGGAAUGGGGUGCUGUCACCGCAACGGAUUUUCUUGAACAUGCGUGGGAAUUAUUUAAGGAUGAGAUUGUUCUGUACUUUCGUUUCCGCCUAAGUCAGGCCUCGGAUGUCUACGCGCGAGCGAUGGAGUACGCCCUGCUGGUACUUGCCCUUGAAGCACAAGAUCAUCGAGCGGCGUAUCGAAUUGUUGCAUACGGCUCAUCGAUCCGUCUAGAAGACUGUUAUGACUUACUUUCCUCCCUGCGGGAAUACCGUCUGCUGGCAUGUUUAUUGUUUCGCCGUGGAUAUUUUCAGGAAGCGAAUUUGGUAUUAACGUCGCGUGUGUACGUCUCCAGUAUUUUGCCAUCUUUAGAGGGUAAUCCGCCAGACGCCACGGGAGUAAUCUCUCCGGCCUACAAGAUCUUGCCAGAGGCGAUGCAUGUGCACUUGGACCGACUCUUGAAUGCCACCCUAAAGUCACCCUGUAUGAAUGCAAUGCGGCAUUCGACACAUGAGAAAAGAGUCUCAUUGAAUAUGACGCCAACAACCACGGUGCUUCCCGCUUCCCUUACAGAAGCGAUGUACCUGGUAAGCAAGCUCAAUUUGUCAGCGCUGCGGGAACUGCUUCAUGAGAGUCCUGAGGCCUCAUGGACAUUGGAUGAAGAAGGCUGUUCUUUGCUUCAUGUCCUUUUUAGCCUUUUGGUUUUGUUGGAGACUUCUGAAGAAGAUAUGACGCCAGAAGGCAAAAGCGCAUUACUGAAUCUUGUUUUAUCUUGUGCGAUAUUAUUGUUGGAUUAUGGUGCCCCCGUGGCAAUAUUGAAUGCACAGGGACUUAGUUGCUUGGAUGUGGUUGCUCUGGUGGCCGAUGAUGCUUUACUAGAUAUCAUUCUUACAGCACUGCUUGCCGAUAACGAUUUGAAGGAAAUCGCUGAUGCUGUCGAAAAGGGCAAUACAAUGCCGACUCCCUGA